AUGGGUCUAAACAAACGCUCGAAUAUGGCCAUGAUGAGAAACAUGGAGAUCAAGAUAGCCAUGGGAAAAGAAUUGGGACGAAGUGUAAGUAUUCCGGAAGUUUUUCUUAAGAUCAAUUAUGACGAAAAAACGAGAAAGUGGAUUCCUCCUGAAGUGCAGAAAACAUAUGAUGCUUAUGGAAAAUUAAAGACGUUGAAAGUUUCACAAGGCAUUACAAACACUGAUGACUCAACAUGCUUUUAUGAAGCAAAUGGAGGUUGUAACAAGAAAAGGUUAGCUUAUGGAUUUGGGUCCGAGAUGCCCUUUUAUAGCUCUAGAUGUUCAGGUUCUUGUGUGAUUGACGUCCAGAAGCUUAACGACUGUAUGAGUGCAUUGGAGCAGCAAAACAUGCAAUUAGAGAGUGAAUUGUCCUCACUUCGCAACUUAAUCGAGAAACUUCACAACACUAAUCAUAAUGUGUCUUCUUCAACAGUGCCUCCCAAUAAUCAUGACGAUGAUUGUAGGGCUGAGGAGGAAUUUGGUGAUGAUUACGCCAUUUUGGAGUUUUUCAUUUUAUGUAUUAGCAUUUGUCGUAAAUUUUAG